UUCACAUGCCAACCCAGUCGCAGGCUAAGCCCAAGAAUAGGAGCCCGGACUUUGGCCUUGUAUCAUAAUAGCCUAUUUGGAUAUAGGAUCAUGGACACUUUUGGGCUAAGGCUUACAUUCUUCCACUUCAUCAACACAUCAAGUUAAGGAAACCGUUGUCAAAAAAAAAAAAAAAAAAAAAAAAGUUAAGGAAACCGACAAACUAUAAGGAAAAUAUACAAAAUCCAAUUGUAUUCUAAUUCCGACCGUAAGUAGGAAUAUCGAUUCCAACACAAUCACGGAAAAGUUUUCCCCACUGCUCUCGGAAAGAUUAAGCUUUAUAAAGAAGCCUUUCCUCUUUUACCCAAAAAUGAUCAAUUCGCUUUCUUGAUUUGAACUGAAGAAGUAGUUUCAUAGAGAGAAACAUGAAGGUUUCAAAGCACAGGAUUGUUGCAGGCCAAGCCGGCAGCGUUGAGAUGAAACCGGUUGAUUCAGAUGAUCUAUGGUACGUUUACAAUUUGAUUUCUCCAGGAGACACGGUUAGGGCUACUACUGUGAGGAAAGUGAUAAGAGAAUCAACUGGAAGAGACUCUACUGCAGAGCGUGUUAAGCUCAAGCUGGAAAUCAAAGUUGAGGAGGUUGCUGAUUAUGACAAGGUCGGAUCUGUUCUUCGGAUUCGAGGAAAGAAUAUCAGUCCCAAUGAACAUGUAAGGUUAGGAGCAUAUCAUACUUUGGAGCUUGAACUUGAACGACCUUUUGUGUUGACAAAGGAUGUUUGGGACUCAUUGGCCUUGGAGGAGCUCAAACAAGCCUCCGACCCCGGGGGUAGUGCUGAUCUAGUUGUGGUGUUAAUGCAAGAAGGACUAGCAUAUAUUCUGAAAGUUGGUAAAAGCGUGACAGUUACUUGUGCACGAAUUGAGACUUCAAUUCCUCGCAAGCAUGGACCUUCGGUUAAGGGUUAUGAGUCGGCUUUGAGUAGGUUUUUCGAGAGGGUCUUGAAGGCUUUCUUGCAGCAUGUCGAUUUCAGCGUUGUCGGAUGUGCUGUGAUUGCUAGUCCAGGUUUCACCAAGGAUCAGUUUCAUAAACACUUGCUGUUGGAAGCAGAAAGAAAGCAGCUGAGACCUAUUAUCGAGAACAAGUCCAAGAUAAUUCUUGUGCAUUCUAGCUCGGGUUACAAGCAUAGUUUGAGGGAGGUUCUUGACGAUGAGAAAAUUAUGAGUUUGAUAAAAGAUACUAAAGCAGCACAAGAGGUCCGAGCUCUCCAAGAUUUCUUCAGUAUGAUGUCGAAUGUACCAGAACGCGCCUGCUAUGGACCAAAGCAUGUUGAGGUUGCACAUGAAAAGAUAGCCGUGCAAACCCUACUGAUAACAGAUGAACUCUUCAGGAAUGCUGAUGUAUUAGAGAGGCAAAAAUAUGUUGAUUUGGUGAACUCAGUCAAGGAUUCAGGGGGCAUUGUUCAUAUAUUUUCUUCCUUACACGUUUCAGGAGAACAACUAGCACAAAUUACAGGCAUUGCUGCAAUCCUUCGUUUCCCUCUACCCGAAUUGGAUGAUAUAGAGAUGUAAUAUAAUGACUGCAGUAGCAUGUAGGAGACUAUUGUUUACUUUUGUGAUUCUGUGGCUGUUUGAUUUUGAAUGGCAUUAUCCUUCUACUUUCUUAACUCAACUGUCAGUAUGAUUGACACCAAAAAAAAAAAAAAAACUCUCAGUAUGAUUUGCUUUAGCAUAAUGUUUUUUUUCUUGGACACUAUCUGCCAUUUGGACACUAGAGUUGGUGGCGCAUUACCUGUUAACAAACUUAAAGAUAAUAAGAAUGCAAAUCUUCUAGUGCAAGAAAUUGUGUAUAUAAUAUAAUAGUAGAAAAGGAGGAUACUGGAUGUGUUAUGCAGACGCAUUACCUGUUAACAAACUUAAAGAUAAUAAGAAUGAAAAUCUUCUGGUGCAAGAAAUGAAGAAAUUGUGUAUAUGUAGAAAAGGAAUAUAAUAGUAGAAAAGGAGGAUACUGGAUGUGUCGUGCAGAAAGCACAAAAGCAUAUAUGAUUGCAUAUGCAGAAAGAAUGAUGCCAGC